AUGGCGACGGAUCGAGAGAAUCUUCUCUCAGAUGAUUACGAAGAAACGACUGCGUUUUGCGGAUGUGGGUAUUUCCGUAAUUUCAGUGUAAACCGGUGGCGAAGAGGAGGAGGAGGAGACGGUUGUGGCUGGAGCGGUAAUUUGCAGGAAGAAAGAGGUGAAAAUUGGGGGAGCAAGAAACUAAAGGGUCUAAAGGAGAUUUCAGAGAAAAUAGCGGGACCAAAGUGGAAAAACUUCAUAAGAAGUUAUAGCAAUGGCAAGAAGAAGAUGAAGAGAGAUGUUGAUUUCAGUUACGAUUUCAGAAAUUACAGUCUUAAUUUUGAUGACGGCGGCGAGAAUCUCUCGCCGGAGAGGUUUGUAGCUCCGGUUGUUAUUAAAGUUUGA